CAACUAUGGAUUAUCGGUUCACAGACGAUGAACGUGAACAAGAAGACAUUCCCGAAGUUAACUUAGUGAUAUCAGUACAACCGUACAUGUACGAGCCUGUAGUUCAGAGGAUUACGGGUUCUGAAUCGCAUGAACUUGAUGUCAAUGAUGAAGAAUCCAACAGUUCUACAUCCGAUGGUGAAGAUGGAAGUGAAGAAAUAAAUCUGUCAACAGCCUGGCGGCUUCAAAAUACAUCAUGGUGCAAGUGUGAGAAUUGUUCCUUAAUGCCCACUGUACAAGAGUCCAAGUGCUGCCAAGAGACCAACAUUGUAGAUGGAAAACUUGAGGAGGCUGCCAUCACAUGUAUUACUCACCAUGAGGGAUUUGUGGCGAACUGUCUAAACAUUUAUGUCUUGGAAACAUCGUAUUAUGAAUACCUACAAGAAAAUGGUCCAUUUGAUCCAAACCAAAUGAUUCAUGAAAAUUACAGAUAUUUGGCAUAUAGAAGGUUUACCAGGUGGAUUUACCAUGUACUAGGAAAACACAGAAGAGUUGUUUUGCCAUCAUGUAUUGUUGGCAAAAUAAGGGAACAGUUCCCAGCUGAACAAUAUACAGGCUUUAAAUACCCAAAAUGACUACACAAAUUAUAUAGCUGAUAAUAAAAUCUUUAUCACAUUUA